GAUUGUGGCUUUCUGAAAAACAAUACAUUUUUACAUUUAGGCACUCCUGCAAUCGUCACACCUUUUCUGUUACAAACUGACCCCGGCCCCUCAUCAGAGAAGGGAAAAGUUGUGUGGCCCUUACAGGAAAAAUUUUGGGGACCCCUGCUGUAGAUGGUAUUGAAUAAACUAAAAUAUUGUAUUUAGUAAUAUGGAUUUUUUUUCUAUUUAGAAGUUUUGAAACAGCGACAUCCUGUGUCGCUAUUUGCAAAUGACACGUUCGCGUCCCGGAAGACAGCUCAAUUUGAAAUAAAGAUAAGAGACCGCAGUUGAAAUGGCGUCACUCACGUUCCGUGGCUGUGCUCUGUGCACCGUAUCUUUGUUGAAUUUUGCCUUUGUUUUCAUAUCUGGUGCAGAUUUUAUCCGCUUUAUAUCAUUUCGAGCCAUUUACCAUAACAUCACCGGAGAAACGACACUCUGCCAAGACUCCAUACCAUGGUCAGAAGCCCUGCGGGACACUUCUGUCCUCAAGACUCUGGUUGUAGAUGUGGCUCUGCUGGCUGUCUUCAUCAUACAGCACAGUCUGCUUGCAUGGCCGCCCGUCAAACAGGCCUGUCAGUCGAUGCUGGGCUCCCUGAACAGGACCGCAUACUGCUUCGCCACUGCGCUGGCUCUCCAGGUUCUGAUGCAUUACUGGCAACCGGUAACUGGCGCCCCCUGUCUCUGGUCGGUGCGCCAAGCACCUUGGAGUGUUUGGUUCCCUCUGUUCUGCUUCACCGUUCACUUCUUCUGCUGGGCCAUCAUCUGCACCGUCCUUAUGAUGUUUGACUACCCAGAACUGAUGGGUAUCAAGCAGGUAUAUUACCAAUGUUUGGGGAUGGGCGACCCCCUCUCCUACAAAUCGUCCCAAACUAAGCGCUUCUUCUCUCACUACCGCCAUCCGGUGUGCCUGGAGUUUGGCGUGGUGCUGUGGCUCCUGCCGGCUUUAUCCCUGGACCGGCUGAUCAUGGCAUUAACGAUGUCAGUCUACCUAGUCCUGGCACAGUCGUUGGACAAACAGGAUUUAGCGUUCCUAUGCGAGCAGCUUAGCGGCAAGGUGCAGCUCUUUAUCGAAGCGACCUGGAACCGGGACGGCGACCACAAGGAGAAGUGAAAGUAGUCACGCUGCUGAUUUAACACGAAACUUAAACACUGUCUUAGAACUGAUUGGGUGUCUGGACCUGGAUGAUCCCCUCUGACCUUUUUGCACCUUCACGAUGUACUAGAUAAUUAGCAUUUCAACAAAAGGAGGAUUCGGUUACAAAAAUGCAACUGUUUUUCACUUAUUUAAGGAAGAACGCUUAUCAAUAUGGAUACUCAGUGAAAAUUACAGUUGAUUAUAGUUACAUUGGGAAUGAAUGCAUUAUAUUUUUUAUAUUUAACUCAUAGAUUUUACAUAAUUGUUUUAGCUAUGUAGUAUACACUGACACAAAUGAAAUGCCUUGAAAAGUAUGACUGGAACAUUUUGGAUGGACAAAAACAGAAUGGAGUUGUGAAAAUAAAAAUUAUUUGGAAAAUCAAGUUGUGUGUACGUAAUACAACACA